AGGAGCAACCAAAAAAGCUUGCAGAUACAGCAUAAGGGAUAUUAUGCUAGGGCUUAUACCAGCCAUUAGUUCUGAAUACUGGGGAGCUUUUGAGGUGAAAAAUGGCCGUGAUGAUUGGAAUCGCUUUCAGAGUUUCUUGGCUUUGUUGCCUGCUAAUUGGCGGGAUAACCUGUUCUACAUCAAGCUGGCAUUUUACUUUUUCUUUAUCUAACCUAGGUGAUGGGUAUCCUGCACCAGGUUCUGAUGCAGCAUGGCUCUAUACAGGCCCACUUAGGUCUAAAGGAUAUGGUAAUUACAACUCUCCAACAGCUCAAUUGCAAGCGCAGCUGACCGAAGAGCAACAGAAACAUCUGGCAGCCAUUCUGCAAAAGCAACUGGCCCCCAUGCCCCAGGCACCUCAGAAAAUGUGGUAUCCAACUCAAAUGCCCCAGAAGCAACCAGUUACUGAACUUCAGCAUCAGAAGGAACACGCCUCCAUACCCCAGCUACCUCAGCAAGUGUGGUAUCCAGUUCAAAUUCCUCAGCAGCAAAAGCAACCAGCUACUGGUCCUCAGCAGCAGACGGAACUGACCACCAUGCCCCAGAAGCAACCGGCUCCAAUGCCUAUACCGCAGAAACAACCAACAGCUAUGUGUCAGAAAGCAUGGUAUCCAGCUCAAAUGCAGCAGAAGCAACCGGCCACCGUGCACCAGCAACUGUGGCAUCCAGCUCAAUUGCCCCAGCAGCAAAAGCAACCGGCUACUGAACCUCGGCAGCAGAAGGAACCGGCCUCCAUAACCCAGCAACCUCAGCAAGUGUUGCAUCCAGCUCAAAUGCUGCUGAAGCAACUGACUGCCAUGCCCCAGCAAGUGUGGUAUCCAGCUAAGACCCAGAAGCAACUGGCCGCUGAUCCUCAGGAGCAGAUUGAACUGACCGCCAUGCCCCAGCAACCUCAGCAAGUGUGGUAUCCAGCUCAAAUGCCCCAGAAGCAACCAACCGCUGAACCUCAGUGGCAUCCAGCCAAAUUUCCCCAGGAGCAACCCGUCCAAAUGCGUCAACUGCAGAAGGAACUGACCGCCAUUCCACCACAACUGUGGCAAUCCGCUCAAAUUCCCCAGCAGCAUAAGCAACCGGCUGCCAAGCUUCAGCAAGUGUGGCAACUGGCCCCCAUUCCCCAGCAGCCUCAUGACGCGUGGUAUCCAGCUAAAAUGGUCCAGAAGCAACAAGCAGCUGCAACUCAGCAGCAGAAGGAACUGACCACCAUGCCCCAAGAGUGGCAUCCAGCUCAAUUUCCCCAGAAGCAACCAGCCCUAAUGCUUUUACCGCAGAAGGAACUGACCGCCAUACACCAGCAACCUCAGCAAGUGUGGUAUCCAGCUAAAAUGCCCCAGAACCAACCAACCACUGAACCCCAGCAGCAGAAGCAACCGACCGCCUUGGCCCAGCAAAUGUGGUCUCCAGCUCAAAAGCCCCAGCUGCAGAAGCAACCGGCUGCUGAACCUCAGCAGCAGAAAGAACCGGCCACCAUGCCCCAGCAAGCAUGGUAUCCAGCUCAAAAGCCCCAGCUGCAGAAGCAACCGGCCGCUGAACCUCAGCAGCAAAUUGAACCGACCGCCAUGCCCCAGCUACCUCAGCAAGUGUGGUAUCCAGCUCAAAUGCCCCAGAAGCAACCAACCGCUGAACCUCAGUGGCAUCCAGCCAAAUUUCGUCAACUGCAGAAGGAACUGACCGCCAUUCCACCACAACUGUGGCAAUCCGCUCAAAUUCCCCAGCAGCAUAAGCAACCGGCUGCCAAGCUUCAGCAAUUGUGGCAACUGGCCCCCAUUCCCCAGCAGCCUCAUGACGUGUGGUAUCCAGCUAAAAUGGUCCAGAAGCAACAAGCAGCUGCAACUCAGCAGCAGAAGGAACUGACCACCAUGCCUCAAGAGUGGUAUCCAGCUCAAUUUCCCCAGCAGCAGAAGCAGCCAGCCCUAAUGCUUUUACCGCAGAAGGAACUGACCGCCAUACACCAGCAACCUCAGCAAGUGUGGCAUCCAAUGCACAUUCCCCAGCAGCAACAGGAACUGGCCACCAUACCCCAGCAAGUGAGGUAUCCAGCUCAAAUGCCCCAGAAGCAUCUGGCCUCCAUGCCUCUACCACAGAAGCAACCGACCGCCAUGCCCCAGCAAGAGUGGCAUCCAGCUCAAAUGCCUCAGCAGCAAAAGCAACCAGCUACUGAACCUCAGCAGCAAAUUGAACCGACCGCCAUGCCCCAGCCACCUCAGCAAUUGUGGCAUCCAGAUCAAUUUCUCCAGGAGCAGAAGCAACCAUUCACUAUGCAUCUACCGCAGAACGAACUGACCGCCAAUCCACCACAACUGUGGCAAUCCGCUCAAGUGCCCCAGCAGCAUAAGCAACCGGCUGCCAUGCUUCAGCAAGUGUGGCAUCGGGCACAGAAGCAACCGGCCCCUAUGCCCCAGCAGCCUCACGACGUGUGGUAUCCAGCUAAAAUGGUCCAGAAGCAAGUCGCUGCGGUGACCGCCAUGCCGCAUACGCAUCAGCAAGUAUGGCAUCCAGCUGAAUUUCCCCAGCAGCAGAAGCAACCGGCCUCAAUGCCUCUACCGCAGGAGCAACCGACCGCCGUACCCCAGCAAGUGUGGUAUCCAGCUCAAAUGUCCCAGCAGCGGAAGCAACACACUGCCAUGCCACAGCACCAACUGACCCCCAUGCCUCAGCAAUUAUGGCAUGUAGCUCAAAUGCCCCAGAAGCAACUGGCCCCAAUGUCUCAGCAGAAUCACUACGAAAGCACUGAUGAUGGUGCCUCUAGUAGCACUCAGGCCAGCAUCGUUGAACAGUCGGGUGUCAUCCCAAUCUAUUCCUACAGUUCCAAAUCGCACUACGGGAAUGGCAGGACUGUAUUCUCCCUAACCCGCUACACUCCUAGGGACGCUAUGCCUGUUGACAGUGGAAAUGCUCCCAAGGACAGUUUUGUUCGUACUGGUGCACCAAGCGUAUAUCCAUCACUAGUGAAGGAUUCUGCAAGGAAAAUGUAAUGGAUUCAUCCUCUAGAAGCUAAUGGAAGUAUCUGGUGCUCUUGCUACUCUAGCGUGAGGGAGUACAUGAACAGUGCUACUUUCAAAAAUGUCUCUGUGAAAUAAUGGUUCUCAUGUCCAUUGCUUGCUAAUUGAGAACAGGUGGUGUGCAGUCUGUAGUAAAAAUGACUGCCCAGUUAAUUCUUUGGUUUUCUAGUCUUUUACCUUUGCUACUGGCUGUUCAAAAUAAAAGCUUGGGUCUACAUUUGUCAAG